GCAAAAAAACAUUUCUGAACCACUGGACUGCCGUGGAGAGCGUUAGACUGAGACACAGGGCAAGAGAGUGUGAAAAUUGAUCUUUCUUCCUCCUUCGAUCUGUGCUCCCAUGAGUCCCAUCUCACCAGUUUCCUCUCUUCAAUGUCAGCCAAGAAAGGUUCUAUUUUGAGGAACAUCAACUACCUGGUAUUGUCGCUUAAUGGUGUAACUUUCCAGGCUGAGUUUUAUGGCUAAGUCGUUCUCUUAGUGGAAAAUGGCUAAGGUUUUGCUACCUUAACUAUAGACUUGUCGCUAGUUAGAUUUAGUUUCGUCUAUUUUAUUCCUUCAUGAUGUGGGGUUUUGCUUCUAAUGCCAUUGCAAGCAUUGGAUUGAAGAAAAACUUAGUUCAGGCCAAUGGAGCUUGUUCUGACUGUUCUGAUGAUGAGGUCCGUUCCAAUGUAAGCAGAGAGGAGGGACUGGAAUGUCCCAUAUGCUGAGAAUCCUUCAACAUUGUUGAGAAUGUGCCCUAUCUCCUAUGGUGUGGUCAUACCCUCUGCCAAAAUUGUGUCUUGGGCCUUCAAUCUGUUGUCUUGAAAUUCCCAGCUCAGGAAAUCAAAAUUCCAUUCUUCAUCUCCUGCCCAUGGUGCCACCUGUUAUCACUAUGGCUGGUGUAUAGAGGAAACCUCAAGUUCCCUCGGAAGAAUUUAUUCCUUCUCUGGAUGGUUGAGAGUUUAAAUGGGGAUUGGAUAAAGUUUGGUGCCUCGAGUGGGGAAAAUCAAUCAGUUAGACCUCCCAGAUACAAUCUAAUUCUUGGAAAUCAAGCUGGCAACAGUGUUGCUAGGAGGUCCUCAUAUGCUGAUCAUCCAGAACAACACAGAUCUCACAAUAGCGAGAGCAGAAACCUUAUGGAGAGACACCCUUUUUCCCAUCACAAGUCUCUGGAUUUCUUUAUACAUUUCUCAUCCAAGUUCCCAUUGGUCGUCAUAUUCCUUCUAAUUGUUUUCUUUGUAAUACCUGGAAGUGCUAUCGUUUUAUUACUCUACUUUUUGGUAACUGUUAUUUUUGCCAUCCCAUCUUUAUCGGUACUGUACUUCACGUUACCUACUCUGGAAAAGCUGAUGAGAGAAAUAACCUCAUGAGAUGUUUUUGGUUCCUCACAUAAAAUCUUCCUAGAUUUUGUCUUCAAUACAACCACUUGAAUUCAUUUUAUGGUCUAAACCACUAUUUCUCUUCCUCUAAUUUUUGCUUUCUAGCUUUCUUUAACAAUUAGGUGGAACCACUUUCUGGUAACUGGACCAUUCCAUGUUGAAACUUUCGGAUUAAAAUAUGGCUUUUGUGAUGCAGUGGGAUGUAAAAUGAGUAUUCGAGGCUUGCUUAUGCCAUUCAGCCAGUCCUCUGUCAAUUAGAUGGCUUUGAGUCAUAUUUAUUUGUAGUAUGAGCUACAGCGUUUAGAAGAAUGUGAUUCAGAGUUGAUUGUAGUGGUCUUUCCAAAGAUUCAUUCUUCAUCAAUAUUUUAGUCUUUCCUUCUAUGUCCUAGCACCACAUAGAAGGAUAUAAAUUGAGGAAGUAAGUCUGCAAAGCAUGGCCUUGGGUUUGUGUUUGUCUUAUUUUCAUUCAUUCUCAUGUGAGUUUUCUCUUCUAUGAUUAUUAAAAGGAAAAUUGAACAAAGAGUAGUUCAGAUGAUAUUUGCUCGUAGCCGCCCAUGUUAGUUUAACUUUUAAUUACGAUUGUACGGAUGCUCCAUGUAUUCUAAAAGCAUGAUUAAUUCAACUUCUAACUUUCUUUUACUGCUCAUUCUUCCUUUUCUGGUUCGGAGUAACUGCUUUCUCAUUAUUCAUUUUGUUUGUAGCUAGUUUGCUACUCUCUGUUUAGAAAGUAAUGUUUUGGAGCACCUAGGAAAAGAUACAAACUGCUGAAUAAGGUCAGUAGUUUUCU